AGUCUUGAAAAAUGCAGGAUUCACAUUUGAAAACUUUGAAAGUGAACCGCGGCUACAGAAGAAGUAAUAAAUUAUAGCCCCAAAUUGAAACAUUUCCACUCAAACUUCUUCUUUCAUCUUUGUCUCUGUUUUCCAAGUCCCUUUCUUUCCCCAUAUCUCUUCUCUUGUCCCUCACUAAGCACACAUAAAAAAAAAUGGAUUCUUCCUCCCCCAUUUCUGUUAAAAAAGCUCUAAAAUCCCAAGAAUCAGCUCCACAAUCUUCACCAAAGCCACAAUCUUUGAAGAAAAGCUUUGUCACUUCUCUAAUGGAAGCAACUACUUUACGCACCCCAUCUUUUAAAGAAGACUCUUACUUCACUUCCCACCUUAAACCCUCUGAGAAGAAAGCAUUACAAGAAUUGAAAGACAAGCUUCAAGCUGCUGCUUCUUCUUCUUGUUGUUCCAUGUGGGGUAUUCCACUUUUAGGUGGAGAUGAAAAGGCUGAUGUCAUUCUCUUGAAAUUCCUCAGAGCAAGGGAUUUUAAGGUUUCAGAUUCACUUCAUAUGUUGGAAAAGUGUCUUUCUUGGAGGAAAGAGUUUGGUGCUGACACCAUUUUGGAAGGAGAUUUUUCAGGAUUUAAAGAACUUGAAGGAGUUGUUGCUUAUAUGAAUGGUUAUGAUAGAGAUGGACACCCUGUUUGUUACAAUGCUUAUGGGGUUUUUAAAGAUAAAGAAAUGUAUGAAAGAAUCUUUGGAGAUGAAGAAAAAUUGAAAAAAUUCUUGAGAUGGAGAGUUCAAGUUCUUGAAAGAGGAAUUGAACAGCUACAUUUCAAGCCUGGUGGAAUUAAUUCCAUUAUUCAGGUAACUGAUCUCAAAGAUAUGCCUAAGAGAGAACUAAGGGUUGCUUCAAAUCAGAUUUUAUCUCUUUUUCAAGACAAUUACCCUGAAAUGGUUGCUCGUAAGAUAUUUAUCAAUGUGCCAUGGUACUUCAGUGUGUUGUAUUCAAUGUUUAGUCCAUUUCUGACUCAAAGAACCAAGAGCAAGUUUGUGAUAGCCAAGGAGGGAAAUGUUGCUGAGACAUUAUACAAAUUCAUAAGGCCUGAGGAUAUACCUGUUCAGUAUGGUGGAUUGAGUAGACCUACUGAUUUACAAAAUGGCCCCCCAAAACCAGCUUCUGAGUUUACUGUCAAAGGAGGAGAGAAAGUCAAUAUUCAAAUUGAAGGCAUUGAGGGUGGUGCAACAAUAACAUGGGAUAUUGUAGUAGGAGGAUGGGACUUGGAGUACAGUGCAGAAUUUGUACCAAAUGGUGAAGGCAGUUACACCAUUGCUGUGGAGAAACCAAGGAAAAUUGCAGCCAAUGAAGAGGCAAUUCACAAUUCAUUCACUUCAAAAGAAGCUGGAAAAAUGGUGCUUUCUGUAGACAACACUGCCUCUCGAAAGAGAAAAGUUGCAGCCUAUCGAUACAUCGUCCGCAAAUCUGCAACUAUUUCAGCCUAAAAUGAAGCAAAUCUAUGGUUUUUUUUUACUCGCUUUAUCUAGGAGUACCUUGUUUUUACAUUUUGUUGAUGAAUGUUUGGGCAAGUUAGUAGUAAUAUGUUAUGUGAUAGUGCCCUAGUAUGAAUGAUAUGAAUGUAUAAAUGGUGGUAUUAUAUUGCUUAUUAGUACUACUAAAACUAAUAUGAAGUGAAAAAGCAUUAAUUAACUUUGCUAA